AUGACGACACUGGCCGACAGUGGCCGACACGGUCGUGAUUGGCGGAAACAUGCAGUAUUUCAUCCAAUAACCAAUACAACUCCAAGUCCAAUUCAAUUGGAGAGAAAAAGACAUAGAAACCGUGGCAGAGGAGCGCCAGUAUUCCGAACGGAGGUCCACACAACGGAAAAACGAAAAGAGAACGCAGGAGCGGCGCACGCGUGCUUGGGGCGUCCGCAGGCGGGGGGUGGCGGGGCCCUCCGCAACGAGCAGCAGUCCGACAGCAGCAGAGACACACCGAGGACCUUCAACAAAGUACGAUAA